AUGCAAAACAUCAAGGAGAAAGCAGCUAACGUGGGGGCCUCGGCCAAGUCCGGCAUGGAGAAGGCCAAGGCUACGGCCCAAGAGAAGGGGGACAAGACGACGGCCCACGACCCAUUGCAGAAAGAAAUGGCAACUCAGAAGAAAGAGGAGAAGAUUGACCAAGCAGAACUCAACAAGCAGGAGGCGCGUGCACACAACGAGGCAGUCAAGCAUGAGCACACCGGCACGACGACAGGUCGGACCACGGCUCAUAACACUGGAGUUGGUGGCACCGAUUACAGUUGA